AAUUUAUUCCGCCCGUCGAUUAAUAUUUAGUUGCGGGUGGUCUGUCAGUUUCACUCGCGACGCCUUGAAAGAUGGCCCAUAGUCCAGGCACGGGAGCAACCUGCAGGAGGAUCCCCAGCCGCGACCCUGGCUGAGGCAAUCCCUGGCUCUUAGCUCAUGAUGCCACGUCACAUCUCUCCUUUUUAGGAGUCGUCGCGCGUCCUAUUGGUAGAAAAGGCGAUGGCACGAUUGCUGCAUACGCCCCAAUCGUCGCGAUCGAAAAGGGUUAAUUUUUUUCGGACUUAUCUUAUCACCUCACAGGCAGUACGCACUGUAGUGCCAAGCCAGUCGAAAGGUCCAGUUUUCCGCCGCGCCGUGCGAUCUGCCUUGUGCGCCGCGAAAGGUGCGUUGCAUCUGGUCCGCGUGUCAUGUUUGUACGCGGUACAGUGCGAUCCGCUUGGAACGUAAGGUACCCCAGGGCCGGAGCCUCAGAUCCGAGGCAUCCGGGAUCCCGAAUUUCCGAGAAAAACAAACGCACAGGCGUGCAUCCGAGACCAGUUGCUUGCGGUCGAAGUUUCGGUCUCUCGUUCCUGCCAGCGGCUACAGUUAGUAACGCGGUUCGUGCCGAAUGGCUACCGUACCGUGCAGGGGACCUAUUCGAGCACGCGGCUGUUUUCAGAAAUCGACGGUUUGUCGCUGUCCAUCCUGGAUGGACCAACUCUGCGGCCCCAGCUGGCUUUUGAGUCGGCUCAAAAACGCGGCUGUUGUAUUUUGAGUCGACUCGUAUUUUGAGUCGACUAAAAAACGCGGCUGUUUUCAGAAACCGGUGGUUUGAAACCGUCCAACCCGGAUGGAGCGGUAACUCGGGCCCCAGCUGGUCGUGGCGUCGCUUGCAUGGCAGCCGUGUCUCAUUCUUACACUUGAUUCACAUGCUUUCAGUUUCAGUGGUUUUUACACUCCUCGAAGGCUAGGACCCGUUUACAGUUGACUUUGCGCAAGAGGGAAAAGUUUUCCCUCUCUUGGUCGCCGCAGCAGUAGGCUCGCAGCAGUGGGCUCUAUGUGCCCGGAAUCUCUUCAAGCAGCUUUGCAAGAACCUUUGUAAGAGGCUUAAGAGGCUCUUUUAAGAAGCCAAGAAGCUCCUUCGCCGACUCUACUACUAGUAGUAAGCUUAAUUCUUGGGCCGAGGAUCAUGUUUGGAGUCGAGCCAAGGAUCAUCAUGGCGGCAGGCGCAUGGCCGAUGAGUGCCUCACACCCCCCGGAGGAGAUUUCCGAGCACACCCCCCACAGCAGUUGCUCUGCACCGCAGAGGCCACAGCCAAUAGUGACGCCGGGCUGCCCCGCCGGGACUGCGACUGCGACUGCGGCUGCGAGUGCGACUGUGGGUCACACUGUGGCGGCGGCGGGUCAGUGGGAGAGUUCCCGCGGGGCGUUGGAGGAGAUGGCGCUGACGAUGAGGGGCUCCGACGGGCACUGCUGGCUGAAAUACGGCCAGAAGCAGCUUUCCCGGCAGCGGCAUAUCAUCAGGUGCUACUAUCGCUGCGCCUCUCACCGCAGCGCCGCCUGCCCCGUCAAGAAGGUCGUGGACACCGACAUGCGGCCCCCCGUCUCCCCCGCCAGCAUCUCUGUCUCGUACAGCGGCGGCUGCCACACGCAUCCCCAGCCGCUGCGCCCCCAGCCCCUGCACCUGCCGCAACAGGAGGCGAAUGAGCAGAGUGUGAUGCAGCCCGUCCCCCCCGCCAACGUCUCCGUCUCGUACAGCGGCGGCUGCCACACGCACCCCCAGCUGCUGCACCUGCGGCAGGAGGGUAUCAGCAAUGCGGUGGGGGAUGACGCGGUCGUGUGCCCCCCCGUCUCCCCUGCCACCGUCUCCGUCGCGUACAGCGGCGGCUGCCGCUUGCGCUGCCAGCCGCUACGCAGCCCACUGCUGCAAUUGGAGGGCUCCAGUAACGCAGAGGGGAGAGAGCAGAGCAGGCGUCAGCCCACCUCAGCCACUAGAAGCAGUGGUCACACGCACCGCCAGCCGCUGCACCCCAUGCCACUGCACGUGCGGCAGCAGGAGGGCUCGGGCAGCGCGGAGGGACAUGAGCUUAUUCUUGCAGUGGUGGCUCCCAACUGCCACGGCAAUGCGGGGGAGAGCGGAGGCUCAGCGACCCCAUCCGGCCGCAGUGGUGUGGAUGCUGAGCCAAGCAGAACACAACGAGCAAGAGCUGUUACUGCAGCUCGAACGGCCCAAGGCGAUGCGGAGGCAGCGAAUGAGUCUGCGUUCCAGGGGCCACCAUCUGGCUGCAGUGAUGCAGAGAAUAAGCCAAGCAGAGCACAGCGAGCUAUGACUGACGCUGGAGGCACCCAGGUGCCACAUAUGGAGACUGUUCAUGCUUUUGACUCGCCUGUCUCGCCUCUGGAGGUUCCGCCCUCGCCUCCCAGCGCUCCCCUCUCACCACAGACCCAUGAGACCGCUUUCUGUGUCGAGCCGCUCCCGCCUUUGCCCUCAGCUGCUCGGGUGGUCUCUCCCACUGUGUCAAGUCUCGACCUGCUGCAGCCCACUGUUUCUACGCCUGAUCGAGGCCACAUGCUUCACGCACCCUGUACGUCAUCUGGGGUGUUGACCCUGAACCCCGACUCGAACCCCUUGCUGACCCAGCAUUCCUCCCGGCUCAACUCUGCAUUGCCCCUGACAGACUCUGUUAUUAUGUCUGCUCAGAAACAGCAUGAGAAUGAGCCCCCUCUGUCGCAUCGAAGCCAUUUACCAGGACUGAAUCCAGGCUUCUUCGAGUCGCCAAUCUCGCUACUGUGUGAUGCUCCUGGUUCUAUAACUCAAGUACCCGAGCAACACUUCAAAAGGCAGACGCCUGACUGUGAGGCGUGCACCCUGGAAAGCAGGCCAAUUGCGAAGCAGCAGAUUGAGCCCAUGGCACCGAGACUCUCUCAACUGACACCUUCUCGGCCUGCUGACUCUGUACUGUCCCUCAACACACUCGUGGUGUCGCCAAUGCCUGCUGCUGCUGCUGCUGCUGCUGCUGCUGACACGAGGCUGACACCAUGCAUGCGGAGCACGUGUGCUGGGGAGAACAAUGCUGGAUCUGGCAAGAGUCAUGCAUCGAGUGGGAAUGGGGACAAGGCGAAAAGGAGGAAGCUCAAGUGGCCAUUUGGUGAUGUGCCAUGUGAACAAUUAGUGCCCACUUCGACUGGCCACAGCGGUCCUCCAGAUUCUCCCAGUUUUGGUGGGGUUUCGUGGUGUCAAUUGCUGUCCGGGGUGUCGGGUUCUACCGCUGGCAAGUCUCACGAUAUUUUCUCAUUCCUUGGCGGAGGGGAUGCUGAGAGCGUGCUUGACUAUAUGUAGCUUGCGAAUAAUGCGUUUGCAGAAUCUCGUCCGGUAAGCAAGCGUAGUUUGUGAGGCGAAGCAAUAGGUGUGUAGGUUCUAGUUCAGUAUCUAAAAAAACUAGAAUUGAAUGAUCAUAGAGUUAGAGAGUACAUGCACAUAUACCUAA